AGUCAAAGAUAAUAUUAUAGGUUUGAAUGUUAUGAAACAGACCGGCAGUAGAACUACUGUGUCGAAGUUUUGCAUGUAUGAGAAAAGUUAUAUUUGGGGGCGUGAAAGACACAAAAUAUGAACAUUUGUAGAAAUAUACUGCAGAGGAGAUCAUGUUUUUUAAUCAACAAUUUGAUGUAUUCCAAAAAAGCAGAGGCUGGUGCCACAAUAGCUGGGCUUGGAAAACGGAAGAAACUUGGCAAACUAGGUCCUGUAAUGGAGAAAAAGGUUCUUCCUGUAGAAACAGAUCCAGCUAGGUUAGUGUCUUAUGUUUGUGGUAGUAACAUAUACAAAGAAGGUGAAGAUAUCAAACUGAAGGAAGAUUCUGAGUAUCCAGAUUGGCUUUGGAACAUACGAACAGGCAAGCCACCUGCUUUAGAGGAAUUGGACCCUAACACUAAAGAGUAUUGGAGAAGACUGAGGAAAAUGGCAUUGAGAAGAAAUAAUCAGUUGCAAAAGAUAAAGAAGUUUUAGGUGCAUCUGUGUACUGUGCAUGGUGAAAUAAGUGGUACACCGAAAGUGUAGAUAAAGAGCUGUUUUAUUUAAUAGACUAUAACUCACUGCGGCGGUUCCUCCAGGCUGUCAUGUAUGUCCUUGGAUGGAUGGGAUAGAAACCUGCUAAUCCUGUGUAACAGUAGAGAUAAUAACACUUAAGUGUGAUGUCAUACUGUCCAGUUUCAAAACAGAGCUUCAAGUUCCAAAAUUUUAAUUUUUCUUUCAAAUAAAAAAAUGUUAAACUAAA